GCCGUGGAGGGGCGAGACACCACCGGCUCACACCUUGAACCCCGACACAGUGAGGGGAGCUGGAGCGAGGCAAAGUUCUCCCCGCCCACGGCGCGCCCCUGAAAGCUGUCACGGACCUCCACCUGACCUUCCAUUGACCUGCCCCGCCCCCCCCUCCCCCCACACACCAUGCAGCCUUCGGAUAGUGAGGAUGAGUUGGACGCCCCCGAUGGUCCGGGGGCGUCCCACAUCCCGCCCACCAUCUAUGUUAUUAAGUUCCAUCCAUCCACUGCGCGGGAAGCGAUUGAGUGGCUGAUAGAAAGGAUCGAAGCUAAGAAUAAGUAUGGAGGAGCAGAGUUGUUGGUCAGAUGUGAGCCGCAGAAACACUCCCAGGGCGUCAUCAUGCACGUGUCAGCCACCAAGAUCAAGCUCCUGGAGGUGGCGGAAGCGGUGGAGCUGCAGAAGAGGGCGGCCAGUGGGCUAAUACAGGAGUUUAGCGUGCGUGACCUGGACCAGUUCCUGUACUCGGGGCAGACGUUAGACACAGUUCUGACGCCUGGAGAGAGAGAGUUCUGCGUCAGGCACGAACUGGACGCCCUUAGAGCCAAACAGGAGGAGGGCCACGUGCCUGGUUACCCUGGCAUCAAGUUGUACCCUGGACAGCCUCUGCUCAGCGUUUACCUGGAGGAGCAGUUAAUUACGGACCUCUUUCCCCUGCACGAUCGUCAGGUGUUGGAAAACUUGGCAAGCGACUGGUACAAGGCCAUCUUUCAAGGGGCGCCGCUGGAGCGGCUCCUCCCCAGCCUGGGCCUCCCCCCCCUCCCCUUCCCCAAGAAACAGAAAGAUGUCCACGAGGAAGCACCGUCCGACUAUUCACCGUACGAAGAUAGGAUUCGAAACUACUUUGGGGAAUCCGUGGCGAUGUACUUCAGUUUCCUGGGCUUCUACACGCUGGCCCUCACCCUCCCCGCGGCCCUGGGUGUGGCGCAGCUGUUCCUUUCAGUCGACACCCUUACUGAAUAUGCUCUCUUUGCUGCAUUCAAUUUAGUAUGGGUGACCGUCCUUCUAGAGCUUUGGAAGAGGCGGUGCGCUGGCCUGGCAUACAACUGGGGCACACUGCAACACCACCAGAACCUGCAAGCUACCAGACCAGCCUUCAAGGAGAUGACCCAACACCCCAUCACUGGAAGGUUCGAGCCAGCUUAUCCUGAAUGGAAAACACGUAGCAAGCUGUACAUGGUGUCUGCUCCUGCUGUGGGCGUGUGCGUGGUGGGAGCGCUGUGGGUGAUGGUGGCGGCUUUCUUCGCGGAGGAGCAGCUGAUAGACUGGAAGAAGAGGUACGGGUCGGUGGCUGGCAUCUUCACCCACGUCCCAUCCGCCUUCUACGCCUGCCUUGUGUGGCUCAUGAACUACUACUACAGGAGGCUGGCCACGCUGCUCACUGACUGGGAGAACCACCGCACUCAGGAGGCUUAUGAGUGGCAUCGAGUGGCGAAGCUAGUUAUCUUUGAGUUUGUGAACAAUUUUUCCUCACUGUUCUACAUCGCGUUCUACAUUCAAGACAUGGACAUGCUCUGCUCGCAAGUGGCCACGAUGCUGAUAGUCACCCAGAUGAUCAACCACUUUCAAGAGGCGCUGCUGCCUUACGUGGUGAAGCGAGCCUACAACCAGUUUGCAGAGGAGGUCCUGGGUCACCUGAAGCAGCACCCUCUCACGGCUCACCUAUUUGAGGAGCAGGUGAAGGUGGUACACGGUGCGCCGCCCGAGGAAGAGGGCAUCACAGUGCUCGCCCUUGACCCCAAAGACCCGAGGAUUGUGCAGGCCAAGGAGGAGGCUGACCUUGAUCCUUAUUUGGAUUGCUACGAGGACUAUCUAGAAAUGUUCCUUCAGUUUGGCUACGUGUUCCUGUUCUCCUCGGUUUAUCCUAUGGCAGCUUUCUGGGCGGUGCUAAACAACAUAUUGGAGCUCAAGACUGAUGCAUUUAAGCUUUGCCGGGUGUUCAGAAGGCCGAGAGUGAAGAAAGUAGCGUCCAUUGGUGUCUGGCAGGGGGCAUUUGAACUCCUCGGUGCUGUGGCGGUGAUGACAAACUGCGCGCUGCUGUGUCUGUCCCCGCGUGUGAGGCCUCUAGCACCUUCAGCCUCGGCAGUGGAGUGGGUUCUGAUCUUCGUGUUUCUGGAGCAUGUGAUUCUGGCUAUUAAGAUGACGCUUAUGUGGGUUGUGCCUGGCAAGCCGCAGUGGGUUCGCCAGGCUUUGGAGAAGGUGGCUUAUCAGGCUAAACUCGCUCUGAAGAAUGAGCGAGGUAAGAAAACAAGACGCCACCUCUCCCGCCGCUUCAGGAGUGUUCACGGCAUGCCUAGGUCCGGGUCACGCUCCAGGGGCACCACUCCUGUAGCGCAGAAUGGGAGCCUUCGCCAUCGUUCACCACCAAGAGGAGAAUACAGAGAUUACUAAAAGGCUCUCCUGGUGAACUCUUGCACCCCCACGUCUCCACCACCACUUCGAACCCCCUCACUGUACUUGUUAAUGGUGAUCCUGUAUGCGUGUCACCGUUUUGAGUUCAUUUCGGUGAUUUUUUUGGUGAUUUUUUGGUGGUUCUGUUGGGUUUAUCAGCGUCCGUGUCUGUUUUUUUUUUUUUUUUUUCCUGGUGUGUGUCUAGUCUUGUCAGUGCUUCUCAUCACCAGUUUGAGUCGCGGUCUUGGUGAUUUUGUGGGGGGGGGGGUUUGUGUGUAUCUGUGUCAUUGUUUUGGUUGCUUGGUGAGUGUCUAAGGUAGUCGACACCUUCCCCGUGCUUUUACUGGCUUUUUGGUGAGUUUCUAAGCUUACCAACUCUUGUAUCACCAGUUUGUGUCCCGUUAUUGGUGAUUCUGUUAGUUUGUCAGUACGUGUCACCGUUUUAACUCCGUGGUGAGUGUCUAGACUUGCCAACAUAUGGAUCACCAAUCCGAGACCCGUGCAUUUGUUCCCUGGUGUAUUUGUAAACGUAUUAACACCAUCAUCACCAGCUGGAAUGGUGACAGUGGCUACCUGGUGUCUCUCUGAACUGUAGCUGUAUCACCACUAGUUCGACACCUCACCAAAUGUUCCUAGUGACUUACUGGUGAAUUUCUGAACCUGCCAACACCAGCACCACCAGCUCAACACCAGUUCCUCACCAAUUCUACACCAGUUCUACACUUCACGACCACUAUAAGGCAUCUAAGUGUCGUAUAGAAGAGAAAACCGACGUAUCAGCCACAAGAUGCAAGCAGUGUGUCACCCAUCCAGCCCCCUCGGACCUCCUCAGCCACCCCCCAGCUCCUCAGCCCCCAGUCCUGAGUUUAAGCAAAGGUUAGAUCAUCUCCCCCCACUUCCUGCCUCUCCACACGCCUCCUCGUCCUUGCUCCGCCCUCUUUUGGCAGGAAAUGCAAGUUUAACGAUAGGAAGUUGUCAAGAGUGUCUUCUAGUCAUCCUCACGUCAUUUAGAAGCAAUCCAAUCCUGUUUUUAUUGCUAAGGUUCACGAUCCUAAUACUAAAUGGUCAGUAAGGGGGAUUUAAACCUUUAUUUCUCUCUUAUAAAAGAAUCUAGUCAUCCUCACGUCAGUUAGAAGCAAUCCAAUCCUGUUUUUAUUACUAAGGUUCACAAUCCCAAUACUUUCUCUCUUCCAUAUUAAAGAAGGGGAAUUUAAA